GGACUUUGUCGAUCGUGAACAUCCGGGUAAUUGACCUAGAUAAACCAAAAUGGAGAGGAAAUCGCUUUACAAACACAAAACUCAAACCGUUGAGGAGAAGAGAAAUCAGCGAAGACAAGAAGAAAUAGAUCAAAGAAAAGCAAGAAGAGAUAAAUGUGUUAGUGAUAAAAGAUUUCGUCAUAGUUUGAGUGAAGACACAGAUGCUCAAGGAGAUGAAAUUUCUGAGCAAGAGGUUAUUGAUGCAACUAAUGUUCUACUCAAUAAAGAACCAGAAAAGCUUGAAGCUCUUCAAACGUUGAGGAGGGCAUUUGCUCAAGGCACAACAUACAUUGAUACAUUCUUUGGUCAAGAGAAUGCACUAACAUGUUUGGUAGGAAUAUUAACUGGUAAUGAUACAGAUUUACAGUUAGAGGCAGCAUGGUGUGUAACUAAUAUAGCUGCUGGUACAGAUGACCAGGCAUUAGCUGUAGUUAAAGCAGCUGCACCAUAUCUUAUUACCUAUCUCAGUAGUAGUAGUCCAGAUCUCAAGGAUCAGUGUGCAUGGGCUAUAGGUAAUUUAGCUGGUGACAGUGCUGAAUGUCGUAAACUACUAAGUUCACAGGGAUGUGUUACACCUUUAGUCAAAUUAUUAGAGACUGAUACACCUAAUGUUGUGCAAUCAGCAGCUUUUGCUUUAUCUAAUCUUGCCAGAGAAUGUAAUGACAUCGCUAGUGAAAUAGUAAAUGCAGGAGUUAUCCCCCAUUUGGUGUCCAGAUUACAAGAUCCUGGUGUUUCACCCAAAUUAUUAUCAGAAAUAGCAUGGGUUUUAACAUAUCUUACUUCUAGUGGUGAAUAUACAAGUAAAUUAGUAUCCAAUGGUGUUUUAAAACAUAUGGUUAAAAUACUAGUAGAACAAGCUGAUCAACAAGAUGUAGAUGUAUUAACACCAGUAUUGCGAUGUCUUGGUAAUAUUUGUAGUGGACCUGAUGAAUAUAGUAUACAGGCAUUUGAAAAUACCAAAUUAAUUCCUGCUCUUGUUACAUGUUUAAAUUCCGAGCAUCAUCAUAUACCUAAAGAAACACUGUGGGUUCUUUCAAACAUGACUGGUGAGAAGACGGUGUGUGAGAAAGUAACAAAUGGUCCAUUAUUAGAACCUAUUCUAGCUAAAUUAAAGGCUGCUUAUGAUAUAAAAAUAGAGGCUUUAUAUUUACUGUGUAAUCUGGGUUGCCAUGGUGAAGCAGCCUGCUCUGUUCUCAUAUCUAAAGGUGUUGUAGAAACUGUAGCAGCCAUGUUAAAAACACAUGAUGUAGAAUUAUUACAUCUCGUACUUAGUUUUAUUGAAAUGAUGCUACGACUUACAGAUGAGGGUAAGGCAUUGUUCGAGGGAAGCGAAGGUGUAGCAAGAUUAGAAGGUUUGGAAUACCAUACAGAUGAAGUUACACGUAAACAAGCUAAUGAACUAUUAGAGACUUACUUCUACAUAGAUAAUAAUGAAGAGGGUGCAGAGGAUGAUAUGGAAUAGUCUAUUAAUAUGUUUAUAGUGUGCAAGUAUAGAAAUAUAUGUACAUUGCCAAAACAGUUAGAUGGGAUCUAAGAAAAGUAUGACUGUUUUCUGAAUAUUAGGGCUCUAAAAGGAUAAUUAAAUAUAGUAAUGAAUUGAAAUGUAUUAUUGGAACAUUAUGAAAAAUUUUUAUCCAUUGUAUGUCUAAAUGGCAUAUAUAUGGAAAUGAGAUUUUAAAAAUCACAAUUCCACCUAUACUGUAAAGUUUGUACAUUAUAUUUUAACUAGUGAAAAGCAUUAGUUGUUUUAUUAUAGAGAACCACUUAUUAUCAUUAACAUUGUAAAUAUCUUCAUAAAUACCUAUAUUACAAGCAAGGUAUACAUCUUUUUUUUAUGGUAUAUCACAUUUAUUUAGUAUUAGGCAUACAUGUUUCUGAUUUCAUAACAUUAUUUCAUUUGUCUUAAUGCAGUAUAAUGUGCUGUUUUUUGUACUACAGAUCCAAGUGGGAAUUACUCAAUUCCUUUAUCUAAGGACAAUAACCUGUUUUAUAUGAUUUCAUAUUAACAGAUUGUCUAGUCUUGAAAAUUGCAAAUAAAAUCUAAUCCUUAAAAAAU